AUGGAACCAAUCAAUUCACCUAAUCUUAGAGAUUUUUCAAAAUUAGUUGCAGAAAACAAUUCAACUGGAUGGCCAUUCAAAAAAAACGAAAAUUAUAUAAGAAAAGAACCUAUUGAUCAAUAUGACAUGGUUAUUAAAAUUGAUAGUUUAAAAAAAUGUGUUGAAAAUGGUAUCCCAAUUCAACUUCAUAGUUCUGUUAAAAAGAAAUGGUCAGAACUUCAAUCAACUCCAAUAGUAUCAGUUCUUGGUCUUUACAAUAAAGGGAAAACUUAUGUUUUAUCGAGAAUAUUCGAUUUAAAAUUAGAGUCAUCAUUCUUUUCACAUACUGAGGGUUUAAGCUUUAUAACCUCAAAGUCAUCAUUAAGCAAUGUUUUAAUUGGUUUAGAUACCAAAGGAUCCAAUACACCAAUAAAAUGUACCAUAGAAAAAAUGGGUGAUGAGAUUAUUGAUUCUCAAUAUACUGAAGUUUUUAUAAGAGAGAUAACCCUUUUUCUUUCUGAUAUUGUGUUAAUUGUCGUGGAUAGACUAACUAGAGAUGAUCAAUUAUAUAUUCAACAAGUUAGACAAAAAUAUAGCACCAUUUCUGGUAAAGAUGUCAACAAUAUUAUCAUCAUCCAUAACCUUUCACAUUGUAGAGAUAUAGAUCAAAUGGAUAAAGUGGUCAAAGAAGAAGUCGUUGAAGCAUUUUGUGCCAAGGCCUAUAAAAACAUUGAAAAGAGCCCCUACUAUGUCGGACAAGAUGGUAUUCGUCAUGUUGUAAUGUGUGCUGAUGAAAAUGGUUUUAAUGGAACUUUACCUUCAAAUGCUGGUAAACAAGUAAAUAAAAAAACCAUAGAAUUGGUUUGCGAAUGGUUAAGAGCAUCAUCCUCAAUUUCUCAAAAACCUAAAAACAACUCUUACCUUUAUCAAUUUAUCAAAGAAAAUAUGAAUAAGAUUAUCGGUCACUAUUUUAGUGAGCAAUACAGUUUGGAAAUUGACUCUGCUUUAAAUGAUAAUCCAUCAUUCACUAUCAAUGGUAUUGAUCCAAAAGCUUCAAAAAACCCCACCUACGUUACAAAUUUAAAAAUAGAUAUGGCUGGUGUCAUCAAUGGAGGCUCCAAUACACAACCAUGUAUGGUCAAAGAAGACCCAGAAAACUACUACUUGGAUAUAGAUUGCACAGGCUAUGAAAAAGAAAGCCUAUCCUUUGCCAUCAGCGAAUCUACCAUACUCAAAGUUAAAAGCAAUUGUCCUAGAUGUUUUGGAAUAACCCCAAGUCUAAAUACCAUCCACAAUGACUUUAGAAGCAAUGAGACUUUGGGCUUUGAAUAUAAAUUCGCCAAAAUGGUAGAGGACAAACCAACAAAACUAGAGUUAAAAAAUGGUGUUUUAAAACUAACAAUUAAAAAGAAAAAAACAGUUCUCGAAUAUAAAAUAGAAGAAUUUGGUAUUUAA